AUGUCUACAGCUCUUAGGACGUUGAGGGCGUAUGCCAAGUAUGGCAACAACCACACCGCCCUCCUAGCCCGGUGCUUCUCCACCACCCUCCGCCGCCCGGAGAUCAACAAGAUCUACCCCUCCGCCUCCGCCGCCCUGGCCGACAUGAAGCCCAACACCACCCUCCUCUGCGGUGGCUUCGGCCUCUGCGGCGUGCCCGACACUCUCAUCGACGAAGUGAUCCACAAGCCCGAAAUCACCGGCCUGACCGCCGUCUCCAACAACGCCGGCACCGACGCCUCCGGGCUCGGCAAGCUUCUCAAGACCAAGCAGAUCAAGAAGAUGAUCGCCUCCUACAUCGGCGAGAACAAGACCUUCGAGACCAUGUACCUCACAGGCGAAGUCGAGCUAGAGUUGACGCCGCAGGGCACUCUGGCGGAGCGCUGCGCAGCCGGCGGCAAGGGUAUUCCGGCCUUUUACACCCCCGCGGCCUUCGGCACCGUAGUCCAAACGGGCGAACUCCCCCUCAAAAACAAGCCCGACGGCACGCCCGACAUCUUCAGCUACCCCAAGGACGUGAAGGUCUUCAACGGCAAGUCGUACCUGCUCGAACACUCCAUCGCAGGCGACUACGCCUUUGUCAAAGCCUACAAGGCCGACCGCCUCGGUAACUGCCAGUUCCGUCUCGCGGCGCACAACUUCAACGGCGCCAUGGGGCGCAACGCCAAGGUGACCAUCGUCGAGGCCGAGCACAUUGUCGAGCCGGGUGAGAUCCCUCCGGAGGCCGUGCACUUGCCUGGUAUUUACGUCUCGCGCGUCAUCCAGUCUACGGCCGAGAAGAACAUUGAGAAAUUCACCUUCGCCAAGGACCCCAAUGACCCCGAGGCCAAGAAGGCGCUUGGGUCAGGCGAGACGGCCAAUAAGCGCGAGCGCAUCGUGCGCAGAGCGGCCAAGGAGUUCAAGAAUGGCAUGUACGCCAACCUCGGCAUCGGCAUGCCUAUGCUCGCGCCCAACUUCGUCGAGGAGGGCGUGGAAGUCCUUCUCCAGUCCGAGAACGGCAUCCUUGGCUUGGGACCCUACCCGAAGAAGGGCGAGGAGGACGCGGAUCUGAUUAACGCCGGCAAGGAGACUGUCACGCUGGCCCCCGGCGCGGCGGUGUUUGGGUCCGAGGAGUCGUUUGGCAUGAUUCGUGCUGGUCGUAUCAACUUGACUAUCCUGGGCGCUAUGCAGGUUUCUGCCAACGGUGAUCUGGCCAACUGGAUGUUGCCCGGCAAGGUCAAGGGCUUUGGAGGAGCCAUGGAUCUGGUCAGUAAUCCGCAGAAGACCAAGGUUGUCGUGACCAUGGAGCAUACGGAUAAGAAGGGCAAUCCCAAGAUUGUCAAGCAGUGCGCGUUCCCCCUCACGGGACCGAGGUGUGUGUCGAGGAUUAUUACUGAGUUGUGCGUCUUCGAUGUCGACUUCGGCAAGGGUCUUACUCUUGUUGAGAUUGCUGAUGGUGUCACCGUUGAUGAGAUCAAGGCCAAGACUGAGGCUCCCUUUGUCGUUGCCGAUGAUCUUAAGCCCAUGCUUUAA